AUGGACAAAACCAAACGUUUUGGUUUGCGCCUGACCAACCUAAACGAACAAAAAAAGGGACAAAUUCCAUGUCCAUUUAGCCACCGCGACUCCUACCCCUCCCUCCUAGUCUCGCCGCCGGAUAAUCGUCUUAGAAAGCUAUUUACUGGUAAGAGUAUCCUUAUUGUUUUAGAUGACCUGUGGGAGGAGAAUCCAGAUGACUUAAAUGAUUUGGUGACUAUGCUAAAGCUUGGCACCCAAAGAAAGGUCAUUGUCAUAGUUACUACACGUGAUGAAGGCAUUGCGAAGAUAAUUUGUGGUCCUGCAGUUACACCAUACAAGCUGGAGAUUUUGACGGAUGAUAUGUGCUGGACCAUAAUAAAACAAAAAACUGCCUUGGAAGAUCGAGCCGACAAAGAACAAUUGAAGCAGUUUGGAAGGGAGAUAGCAGCCAAGUUUGGAGGUGUGGCCUUAGCGGCUCACUCACUUGGAUACAUGUUGAGGGGGAUGACAUCUGACCAAUGGGAGUCAGUGAGGGACAAUUGCAUCUGGAAUUUAUCUACUCAGAAAGAUCCAUCAUCGAGAAUCCAUAAAGUGUUUGCAUCCUUGCUGUUAAGCUAUAGCCAUAUGCCUGAUUGGUUGAAGUUGUGCUUUUUGUAUUGCGCAGUCUUUCCAAAAGGUUGCAAUAUAGUGAAGUAUGAUCUGAUUCACCAAUGGAUUGCUCUUGGAUUCAUCGAGCAAUCUAGGAUAUUUGGUUCUAUGUAG